ACCCCCGCCGCCGCCGUGCGCCGGAGCAGGCCCGCGCGGCCCCAGGACUUGGGACCCUGGAGGGGUGUCACUGCUAAUCCUGGGCAUCCUAUUCCACGAAGCCAUGGCCACCCCUGAUGUGAGUGUCCACAUGGAGGAGGUGGUGGUUGUGACAACUCCAGACACCGCGGUGGACGGCAGUGGUGUGGAGGAGGUGAAGACAGUGCUGGUAACAACAAACCUGGCUGCUCACGGGGGGGACCUGACAGAAGAUAACAUGGAGACAGAGAAUGCAGCAGCUGCAGCUGCAGCAGCCUUCACAGCCACCUCGCAGCUCAAGGAAGCGGUAUUAGUGAAGAUGGCUGAAGAGGGGGAGAACUUGGAGGCUGAAAUUGUAUACCCCAUCACCUGUGGAGAUAGCAGAGCUAACCUGAUCUGGAGAAAGUUUGUCUGUCCUGGCAUCAAUGUGAAAUGUGUUCAGUAUGAUGAGCAUGUAAUCAGCCCGAAGGAGUUUGUGCACCUGGCAGGGAAGUCCACCCUGAAGGACUGGAAGAGAGCCAUCCGGAUGAACGGCAUUAUGCUCAGGAAGAUCAUGGACUCUGGAGAGUUGGACUUCUACCAGCAUGACAAAGUGUGCUCCAAUACCUGCCGCAGCACCAAGAUCGACCUCUCUGGGGCCCGCGUGUCCCUGAGCAGCCCCACGUCCGCCGAGUACAUCCCGCUCACGCCAGCAGCGGCAGAUGUGAAUGGCUCCCCCGCCACCAUCACCAUAGAGACUUGUGAGGACCCUGGUGACUGGACCACAGCCAUUGGAGAUGACACAUUUGCCUUCUGGCGGGGGCUGAAGGACGCUGGCUUGCUGGACGAGGUUAUACAGGAAUUCCAGCAGGAGCUGGAAGAGACCAUGAAAGGCCUGCAGCAGCGGGUGCAGGACCCCCCGCUGCAGCUCCGAGAUGCUGUCCUCCUCAACAACAUCGUGCAGAACUUUGGCAUGCUGGACCUGGUGAAGAAGGUGUUGGCCAGCCACAAGUGCCAGAUGGAUCGCUCACGGGAGCAAUAUGCCCGGGACUUGGCAGCCCUGGAGCAGCAGUGUGAUGAACACCGCCGCCGUGCCAAAGAGCUGAAGCACAAGUCCCAGCACCUCAGCAAUGUGCUCAUGACGCUGACCCCGGUCUCCCUGCCAUCCCCUAUGAAGCGGCCCCGGCUUGCGCGGGCCACGUCAGGACCAGCUGCCAUGGCUUCACAGGUGCUCACACAGUCUGCACAGAUUGCCCUUGCCCCAGGCGUGCCCAUGUCUCAGCUGACCAGCGUGCCGCUAGGCAAGGUGGUCUCCACGCUGCCCUCCACGCUGCCCUCCACGGUACUGGGCAAAGGCUCCCCGCAGGCUCCCCCAGCCACUUCACCGGCUUCCCCACUGCUUGGGGGCUACACAGUCCUGGCCUCCUCAGGCUCCACCUUCCCCAGCACGGUAGAGAUCCACCCAGACACGUCCAGCCUCACGGUGCUGAGCACAGCUGCCAUGCAGGACGGGAGCACGGUGCUGAAGGUGGUCAGCCCGCUGCAGCUACUUACCCUGCCUGGCCUGGGCCCCACCCUGCAGAGUGUGGCCCAGGCAGCACCGGCAGGCAGCACGAUCGUGACAGUGCCCACGGCGGCCGCCCAGGGGCCUGAGGAGCACACAGCCACCAUCGAGGUGGCUGCUGUGGCAGGGGACCAUGAGCAGAAGUAGCUGGCGGGGAGGGUGAGCCCCUAGGGUGUGGACCGGCUGGCUCUCCUCAGACCACUGCGGGCAGAGGCUGCGGGGCUGGCUCAGCACAGGCAGGUCUCAGGGGCUGAACCAAAGAGAGGAAUUGCCAGAUGAAUCAAGAGAAGAAGAAAAAAGGGACAGAAUGAUGCCAGCAACCUGGAAAAUCAGUCUUCAAGUUCAAAACUUACUCCCCUUUUUUCUUGGGAAAUAUACUUUUCCAUCUGUUGCUUAUUAUCCUGUUUACACAUUGGGCCUUGAACAGGAGGUGGGGGGCAAGGACCAAGAGGAGGCCUGGGUGCGCCCCGUGACGCGGCAGACCUGUGGCGGCGGCCUGAGACCCUGUAGUCACUGGUGGCGCCAAGGCCCAGCCGAGCCCUGGUGCGCCCCGAGCAGGCCUUCUGGGCACAUUACUGACACAUGUCUUGGGGACUGAACCCAAGUGUGGUAACCCAUGGAUCCUAUGGAUUUGGUUUCUUCCCACAGUUUUCUGUAGGUUUAGUGUAGCCAGUGCCCACUCUCCUGCUGGCGUGGGACACGCCCCCAGGGCCAGGGUGCAGACCCCAGGUGGGGCCCCUCUCCUCUCCCUACAGGUGCUCAGGUGUGGUCUGGGCGUCUUUGCACAUGGGUUGCAGGUGUUUCUAAGUGAAUUCCUUAGUAGGCUUCUAGGAAGAAUCAAAUUUAUAGCAUUUUCAACCAAAAUAAUGCUGAGUGCCUAGGCUCCCGAGUUGGCCCUGAGAAGGGCCAGGGCUGCGCAUGCACUGCUCAGUGCCAGGGUCCUGGGCAGAUCCCUUCCCAAGACCAAGCUUUGCGGAGGGUUUCUGUGGGGUGUGCCUUCAGACUUGGAGUGGCUCAGAAGGCUCUGGUGUACAGCCUUCUGUUGGAGCCCCCAUAAUAGCCCUCAUCUCCCUGAGUUUCCCUGGAGGUGGAACCGAGACCCCCCCCCAGCUGACAGCGUUCCCCAUCCCCAGAGACAGCCCCAGGGCCUACGGGGAGGCUGCCCAGACCCUGUUCAGGACAAGGUAGGAGAGGUGGGACCCGGAAUGCUGAAGGGGGGUAUAUGGGAGGUGAGGGAGGCUGUACUCCAGGCCAGAGCCCCUGGAGGCAGGUGUUCAGAAAGAACAGAGCCCUGGCUACUGUGGGUGCGGCACCUUAGACUGAGCCUCAGGAGUUGUCUCCAGACGUUGCUGCUGGCUCUGUCGAUGGGAGCUCUUCCUUUCUGGGGCGUUGCAGCAGGAGAGGGCCUGCCAUUCCAUCCACUGCUUUGAAGGGAACUGGCCACCCUUUUGUCCAUCUCUCCAUCCCUGGGACUGCCCGGGCCUCCCCUCCACACCUUUGCUGUGACCCGGGCCCCUCCCGCCUCCCCACACCGUGUCAAGCUACUGAGGUUCAAUCUCGUUUUCCUUCUGUUACACCCUUGUUCACUGUGGUCAUGAUCAGUUGGUUUUGGCUGAUGUUUACCUGUUUGUGUACAUACUCUUUUUUUUUUUUUGAGUUGCAAGCCCUGUUUCAUGUGGCACUGUGACCCCACGGCCAUCAAGAGUCUGCAGGGCUGGUGCUGCCUGGCAGGCUCUCCGGUCCCCACCCCACCAGCUCAGAUUAGAGUAGAUAGUGUCAUCAGUAAAACACCUCCUGCCCUGGGAGCCAGGGGCUUGCAGGGCCUUUCCUUGGCCCAUGUCCAAGGUGCUCUCUCUGUCUUUUGAGUUGUGGGUCAGUUUCCCUUCUUUGUAAGAACAAGAUUGGGACCUUUUCAGCCCUUACCCCUUAGUCCAUGGAGGUACUGGAAGUUGAAGUUAAUUUCAGAGCCAUA